AUGCUGCGAGGAUUACGUAAACCGACAUUCGUCACUUGGACGUUGUAUUUCCACAUUACUGCGAAUUGCGAAAAGCUGUCAUCGGCAGAUAUGAGUGCUUUAUUCCAAGAAAUCAAAGGACGUCAACAGGAUUUUAUGAAGGCUUUCAAUGCUGGAGAUGCCGCUGGCGCUGCUUCCGUCUAUGAUCCUGAUGGUUAUUUCAUGCCAAAUGGACGUAAUCCAGUUAAAGGACGUUCAGGAAUUGAGGCUUACUUUAAAGAGGAUAUGGUUGAUGGAGUCCAGACUGCUCAGAUCAUUACUGAAGAAGUGAAUGGUGGCGGAGACUGGGCUUUCGAACGCGGAAGUUAUCAUUUGGAUGGAACCAAGGGACGCGAAAGCGGGGCUUAUUUGCAAGUUUGGAAAAAGGUUGAUGGAGUUUGGCUCAUUCACAAUGACUGCUUCAACAUCAUCAAGAAGGCCUGCUAA